CUCCUGUUCAAAAUCCGCAGCUCGCCGUUGGACAAGUGAGGAAAGGAGAGAGAAAGAGAAAGAGAGAGAGAGAGACGGUCAGCCAUGGCGGCGAAGGCAAGGGUCUCGCUGACGGCUGUGCUCGCCGCCGCGGCGUGGGCGUGCUUAUCUGUCGUGGCCGCCUCCGCAUUCGACGUCCCGACCGUGGCCUUCGAGGAGGGGUUCUCGCCGCUGUUCGGCGACGGCAACCUCGUCCGCUCCUCCGACGACAGGAGCGUCCGCCUCCUGCUCGACCGCCGGUCCGGUUCCGGGUUCAUUUCUUCGGACUACUACCUCCAUGGCUUCUUCAGCGCGUCCAUCAAGCUGCCCAAGGACUACACGGCCGGCGUCGUCGUCGCCUUCUACCUGUCUAACGGGGACGUGUACGAGAAGACGCACGACGAGCUGGAUUUCGAGUUCCUGGGAAGCCGGUGGGGCGGGCAGUGGCGCGUGCAGACCAACGUCUACGGCAAUGGCAGCACUAGCCGCGGCCGGGAGGAGCGCUACCUCCUCCCCUUCGACCCCACCGUCGAGGCCCACAGCUACUCCAUCCUCUGGGCUCCCACCCACAUCAUCUUCUACGUCGACGACACGCCGAUCCGGGAGGUGAUCCGGCACCCGGACAUGGGCGGCGACUUCCCGGCGAAGCCGAUGGCGGUGUACGCCACCAUCUGGGACGGCUCCGCGUGGGCCACGGACGGGGGCAAGUACAAGGUCAACUACAAGUACGCGCCGUUCGCGUCCGACUUCUCGGAGCUGGCCGUCGUCGGCUCCCGCGCCGACCCGGUGCUCCGCGUCCCGCGCCGGGACGGCGCCGCCCACCAGGACCUCCUCGCGCUCAUGACGGCCGACUACGCCGUCGUGACGCCGCGGAAGCGCGCGGCCAUGCGCGCGUUCAGGGCGCGGCAGAUGACGUACACGGUGUGCUACGACGCCGUGCGGUACGCGGACGGGCCGUUCCCCGAGUGCGACAACUCGGACGAGGAGAGGGAGUCCUUCUCGGCCUGGGGCGAGUCCAAGACCGUCGUCAUGAGGCCACGCGCCCGGGGCCGCCGCCGGGGACGCAAGGCCGGCAGGGGACGGGCUGGCGUGUCAAGCAGCUGACAUCCUUCAAAAUAAUAUAAAUGCCAGGGUCUGUCGCGAAAGCUAUUGGCACAAUGGUUAGGGAUGAUGGUCGAUUGGUCCGGUAACGUAGUAGGUCGAUUCGUUUUUUAUUUUUAUAUUUUUUGGCGACCCAUAUGCAGGCUGUAAAGCUAGGUGUAGGGACGGAGUACUAGCAGGGAUUAAUGCGUUAUGAUUCUUUGAUUCCUUGGGUGGCAGCUAAUAAAAUGCUCAUUAUAAGUAUUGUGCAAUU